UAUAGUUUACAAUUGUUAAAAUGUAACUAAAUCAAAAUUGCGAUUAUACGAUUCUCUCGUACGUUUGUUUUGAAUGUAUAGCUCUAAACUCUAAACAAUCAGAGCCAGACAUCGGAUAACGACAAGGAACGAGUGUAUUAUUAAUUCGCACAUGUUGGCAGCACCUUUUAUACUUCAGGAGUUUUCGAAUGUGUUCGACGAUCGAUAAGACGAUUUCCAGAGGAUUAUCUUAUCGUAUUAUCUGAUGUUCAAUUAUAGCAGAUUAACUGUUACUCGGCUUUAUAUUUAUAUGUUUCCUUGUUAGACAGCUAGUAAAAAUUGCCGGCAAAACGUGGAGGGUGCGAUAGUUGACUAAAAAUCUCAUUUUUUAAAUUUUACAGGCGUAGUUUUUGUGGAUCGUUCGUCCACCUUCGUAGUCACGAAUACCCUUUUUUCACCGUAGGGAUACGUUUCCGUUCGACGUGUAGAGCCCUGCGUGAUUUGCACUCGCGAUCGUUCGCCAUAUGGCCCGAUACCGGUGAAUAUAGGUCACGCGAAGACACGUGUAUUUUCUCGCUAGGUAAGAAACAAUUCCUACGGUUGUUAACCGUCAACUUGGCACAAUGGACACAUUGAAAGUUUGUUAUCCACCUGCGUUGUGUAAUAAAAAAAAAUAUAUCACACAUCGGUUGAAAUGCAACAUUUUGAUACAAUAUUAUGGUUAUCAAGCUCUUAUGCAAUGAAUCACUGAUCCUCGAUCGUUCUAAACAUUUUCGAAUAAUAUGCAAUAAGUAUUGAACGUAUCUACGACGAUCGCCGAAAGGACUUCUGUCCAGCUAGUAUAAACGAUUCGUUACAUCGCGCGUCGAAUCGAUAAGGAAGAAAGCGAGGCGAUUAUUUCCUUAAAAUACAUCUCGAGUACACGGACAGCGUAUAAUAAUCCUUUCAUCGUAUCCGGCUGGAAGCCGUAAAGAGGCUUUGGCUCUCAAUGCUUUCACGACGAUUUACUCGAGCUUCUUGUGAUUCACGCGAACGACUCGACCCCGGAAUAUUCGAUAAACCGUCACGUUCGGUGGCCUCCGUGCGAGACGGUCGAUUCAGACUUACGUAGCGUUCUCGUUUUUUUCAUUGUAUGAAAAACGAAGACGUUUCGUCUGACUCACCGUAUGUAACUAGAGUCACACAACGGAGUCACCUAAAUCCGUUUUAUUCCCAUUAUUUCAUCCGCCAAUCGCACGGCCGCUACGAUCGGUACACGCGUCCGAGCGCAAUAAUACUAGACCACAAAGUCACGAGUCAUGCAUAAUGACUUUCGCCGAAUCAACAGAUAGUGCAACACAUGUUUGCGCUUUCAACAGCUGUUCUUCACGCGACUCUGUCGUGAAAAUAUCCUGAGCAACCGAAUAAUCGACGUUCGUAUAUGUGUCAGAGCUCAACGUCGUCGGCAAUAAAAAAUUUAAACUUAAACAAAGGAUCGGAUUGAUCUUUAAGAAAAUAAUAAAGCCGUUGACAGUUACAAGGUGCAGCGGAUAAUUUGAAUAUUCUUAUCGGUUGGUUUCUUUGAAAACUGUUAUCUGUAUAUGUAGAACAGUCGUAUCUAAAACAAUUUCAAACCAUGCUCUGAAGCGCAAAAUUAACGAAAUAGGGACGUAAACAUACGUAAAUAGAGAGUACAUUUUAUACACGAAACAUUGUUUAAUUACUUUACCUCGAACAUCGAUUAACCGGUGGGUCACGAAUUUAUUGCUGCGAUUCGCGUUAAUCGACAAUCUGCUGUAUUCUUAACAUUUCUUCGUUAAUUCGAUAUGCGAAAAUAUACGACGAAGUUUGCGGCGCAGAAAGGAAGCGUUCGAAACAUGCGAUUCGAUGUAGUUAUUUAUUAUUAUCGUUCAAACGCUCCAUGGUAACGAAUUCCACUCGAUUCCCGUGGCUUUCGUCGCUACGUUCAUUCCUGCUUCGGUCCCUAUCGUUUUCGUACCGAAAUCCAACACCAUGAUGAUGACGUUCCAAACCGUCACCAAGGAGGACCUGAAGCUCGCCGCUUCUAUCCAGCGUCGAAGGCAAAUAGAAGAGGAAAGGAAGCAGCGAAUAUUCAAUCCGCGAUUCAGGAAAAUCGGAAUAGACAAGGAAUUCUUGGACAAACAGGUCGCGGAAAAGAAGCAGCAGCGCCAGCUAGAACAGGCACGAGAAACCGAGCUCGACGAGAAUUUGAUUCGCGGCAGUAAGCUCGCUUUGCUUCUCGAAAAACAACAAGAAGAGGAGAGACGACAGAUAAACGUUGAGAUUGAAAAUUUCCGACGACACCACCAGCGACCGGAGGAUCGACGAGAUUACGAUCUGUGCGAUCCGGAUGCCGUGAAGAAAUCGUGUUCAGCACCCUGCGAUGGAGACUCGCAAUCCGGUUUGGCCUGCGGGCAGAAAUUCGAGGGCGAGGAUACCGACUCGAAGGAACGCUUGAAAGCGCAAAAAGAGGAGAUGAGAUGGUGGAUAGAGAAGCAAAAGAAUGAACGUACGAUGGAGGAGAGAGAUCGGCAGGAAGCCGAGAAAGCGUACCAGGAAGCCGUCAUCUCCAGGGACAAGCGCGCCAUGACGUUAGAUCGUAUGGAGCGAGAAUGUCGUCGAAGGUUGAACGAAGCCACCGCAAGUUUCAAUCGGGCCCUGGCGGAGGAACAGGAGCGACGCCGCCACUGCGAAGCCCUUCGGGACGAGGAGGAUAAGAAAGCGGAAAUCUACAAUCACGUGACCGGGGACUUCCUCACGGAAGCCAAAGAGCAGGCCGAGAGCACCCGUGGACCGCACAAGCCGUUGGCCUCGCGCUACAAAGGCAUGUCCGCGGAUGAGCUUCACGUUUUCAGGGAGGAGCAAGCACGUCAGAUGAUUGAAAUCGAGAGAAUGAAAUUGGAGGAGAAGCGAAUGAACGAGGAAUGGGAUCGGUUGAUGAAUUCACACGCGCGAAUCGCGGACACGUACCAGCGUGAAAUGGACCGGAAGAGAGCGGAAAUGAAGAAGAAGAUAGCCGACGAGAACCUGCGGCUGGCGGAACAACAAAGAUCCCGUCAGGAGUAUCUGAAUAAAACUCUUUACAAAACUGGACCAACUGCCGCCUUCUUUGAACAAUUUAACAGAGACGCUCGCUGAAAUAAAAACUUGAUUUUUUACAUAACGAUAUUUAUAAAGAUAGCACGUUUUAUCAUAUUUUGUCGACUAUUCGUUUAUACAAAAUUCGAUAAAUUUGUCAUUUUAUAAAGCAUCUUCAGUCUAUAAUGUAUC